AUGAAGAUGUCUCGCCACAAUUCGCUUCCGUCGGUGACAACCAACAAUUUGCGCGAGUUGUGGAUAUUCGAGGAGAACGGCAUCGUGCCGGGCUCAGUUCCCGUCUCGAGCCCGCUGCCCGAAGAGGAGCUCGAGGCGUCCGAAUGGCGAAUGCCGCCCGACGCGUUCCUCAAUCCGGCCGAUCGGCAGCGCAUGAAAAAUCGGGUGCCGAAGCCGCAGUUCGAGCAGCCGACUGAAAACCGCUCGCGAUUCUUCACGAUUACCAGGGCGUGGAUCGACCGGGCCACAAAAAUGAUCCAUCGUUUGACGUCAAGGUGUGCGUGCUUCAAUUAG